AUGUCUCAAGCCACCUCUUUCACAUAUGAAAACUCGACACCUGUGGAAAAGAAGAGAAACUGGAGGGCGAUGAUCUUCUCGUCCUUGAUUGGUGGGGUGGUUGUAGUCUUGUCUUUCUUCGCCCUCUCGGCUCUCACGCCACCAGGGGAAGUCUGCUUCAUAGCCGUCACAACAGUCUGGGGAAUCUCCACGAGAGUAGCUGGAAACAUCCUCGGCUCAGAAAGAUUGACUUACAUUCUUCGCCAAGACCUAAUCCAACAGUCCUACAGAAAAACCAUCGACAAGUACAUUGGGUCUGCGCUGGAGAAUGCUGUCACCAGCAUCCGUACACAGGAGCCCUCGGAGUUUCAGAAAACAAGGUUUUACUUCGACGUGGACUACAAACUUCGCUUUACUAUUCGAGAGAAGCGUCGCUUGUUCUUUGACCUCUCUUACAAAGUCAUUACUCCAUCUGGGAAAUCGCCCCGACCAUUGCAACAGGGUGUUUCAGCGCCCGACUUGCCUAACUACGACCCUCAAAGCACUCAGACUGUAAUGACUGAGGCGAAGAGCCUUGUUGAGGGUAUCCGUCAUGGUGCUCAAGAAGGUGCGCUCCUCGGCCUUGCAAGCGGAGCCUUAGCCAGUCUAUUGUGUCUUGUCUUUGGAAAGAUUGGUGUCUUCCUAGGCAUAAUAGGCGCCACGAUUCUCCUAGCACAGAGAAAUCAUUCAGCGAUUCCGUUAGCGACACCAGAUAAAACCGCACUCACUGAGGAAUUUGGCAGAGAAGCAUGGGAGCAAGUGAUGCGCUUGAUGCGCUGUGCUGAUGAUAAUACUGUUAGAUUAGAGCUCGACAUGGAGGUCUGGUCUACAGCAGUCGAAACUGAGGAUGCGCACCCGAAAAUUGGAGCUUCAUCGAUUAUCUUACAUUAUAACCAGAUCGUUCCGCUGGUCACCAAAGAAGGAGAACAAGACGGAAAAUCUGUCACACAGAAUAAUAAGGAUGGGAGCAGGAGCGAAAAUGAAAAGGGGUGGUGA